AUGGUAUCCAGGACUGCGAUAUUUCCAAGACAACAGGAUAUCUCAGACAACACGAAAUCUAAGACACAAGGUAUUCAAGACAACAAGAUCACUCAGAAAGCAAUGUAUCCAAGACAACGCAAAAUCGAAGACAACAAGGUUUUCAAGACAACAAUAUCUAUGACAACAGGAAAAAAAGAUACGACAAACCUAUUGCCAACGACAACCCUGUUGACUACGAAAACUAAGAUGCCCCUGACAACCAUGUUGCCCCUGACAAUCAUGUUGCCCCUGACAACCAUGUUGCCCCUGACAAUCAUGUUGCCCCUGACAACCAUGUUGCCCCUGACAACCCUGUUACCUACGACAAGGGGAGUCAGAGAAGAGACUGUAGAGGACUUUGAAUAUUUGGGUUUUUACGCUGUAGAUGCGGUUUUAAACGCUCUUUCCAAUGGUACUAAUUAUAACACUGAACAACGAUUGGUUGUUGCUGUAGAGGAAUUUGAAUAUUUGGGUUUUUACGCUGUAGCUCAACUAUUACUGGCUGUUGCGCUAGAGGGAAAUCUGACCGGUCCAAAGUUGGGCCUUUUAAAGACCUUUCUAACGGUACUAUUUUCAAAGCUGAAACAUGAUUGGUCGUUGAGGAAAAGCAGCUUUAAACAAGCGCUACGUGCACCACACCGCUUAAAUUUGGCUUCACUUAAUGACAGCCUUUUUGGAGUAAAGUUCCUUGUAGCCGAGGAUUUGAAAAUAAAAAGACAAAGUUGA